UAAACGUUGUUAAGGUAUUCCUGAGAAAAACAUCUGUGUAACGAAAUCUUAUCUGAUUAUCGGAAGAGUACACAAUUUCCUUUUCCAUUGAUUUGACUUAUUCUCAUCUAAUCAACAAAAUGGGUAACAUAACAACAGCAUUGUGCUCAGUGCUUUUGGUGCUAGCUGCGUCAGCCGCUGAAACCGACUACUGUGCACUAUCAUGCAACGGAGAAGAGAACUUGAUGUGCAGAAGACAGAACUGCUCCCCCGUACCCGGAUGCAAGGAACAACCGAUGACCGACGAGCUGCGCCAACGAGUUGUGGACAUUCACAACAAGCUCAGAAACAGAAUGGCAAUAGGCGAAGAAGUCAACUACAAGAACACAAUCUCGAACAUGAAGCAAAUAAGUUACGACCCCGAACUGGAAAAACUGGCCCAGUGUCACGCCAACGAGUGCAUAUUCAGCGGUCAGGAAGUCCACGAUCGUUGCAUCCGCACCGGUAAAUUUGAAUACGUCGGCCAAAACAUCAACAUAGUGUCGGACGUCGAUUUCUACGACGAAUGGUUGCGACCUAACUACACCGAGACCAUGAUUUUGAGUUGGUACAACGAAAUCGUCCUUAUGGACCGGAGCAACUACGCCAGUUUCACGGAUAAACUGAAACAUGAUGUCGAUAAGGAUGAACAAGUGGGACAUUUCGCACAGGUGGUUUGGGGAGAUACUCAUAAGAUCGGUUGUGCCAGAGCCAGCGGAGUGACGGGCGACGCCAGUCACAAGCACGGUUUGAUUUUCAUUUGCAAUUACGCACCCGGAUUAAUGCACGGUGAGUCGGUGUUUGAGGCCGGAACGCCGUGUUCGAAGUGUCCGAAGGACUUCCGGUGUAGCACCGAGUAUAGAGGUCUGUGUGAAGAUGUGAAAAAUGAAUCUAGCAAGGUGUCUUGUGGUUUUAUAAGUAUGAUUGUAUUUAUUUUUGGUAUUUUCUGGUUGUGUCACCGAUAG